CUUUAUUUCAGCAAUUGUCAACAAAGAAGUCAGUUGUAGUGUUUUCUUUGGUUUAUGUUUAUAGUGGUCUUUUUAUAAAAUUUCGGUAACUUGUAUUUUUUCGACGUGUUUGCAGAACAGUGCAGGCGGUGGACGUUCGCUUAGGAUGGUCUCUGAGUUCGCUACAAGGUGUACUAAGCCCAUUGUUUUUAGGGGUGCCUGCGAUCGAGCAGACGCUGUUUGUAUUACCUUUAUUUCUUCGUUAAAGGCCUAAAGAUGGAAGUAUAAGGGGAACUUUGGUUCAUAUGAUUUUGCCUCAUCGAGGUGACUCUGUUGUUGUGGUGGACAGGUAGUUUUGCCUGACUGGGUAGCUGAUCCAUUCAAAAGCAGUCAUGAAAUGUCUUGUGUCCUUAGAGAAGGAGAGCCAGAGACUUGCCUUUCUUCUGGAAGAUUCCCUAUCUAGGGAGGCUAGACAUUGGAAGGCUCCAGUUUUCAGGGUAUCUUCCAGUCAGGAAACUGAUGUCUCUCCAUCUCAGUACGAUGAAACAGUUUUGUGGCUCGGAAGGUUGAAUAUUCAGUUCCAUUUCAACCCAGAAACCUUUGCUGCAGCAGUCAGCAUCCUCAACCGGUUAUUGGCAGUUGUAAAGGCACAAUCAAAGUACCUCCGUUGCAUAGCAAUCACGUGUUUGAUUCUUGCAGCAAAGACAAAUGAAGAAGAUGAGGUGUUACCCAGACUAAGGGAAUUUGCAGUACACAGUGGAUGUAAAUGUUCUACAGCUGAGAUUCUAAGAAUGGAGAGGAUAAUAGUGGAAAAACUACACUGGGAGCUUUACACAGCAACACCACUGGACUUCCUAAACAUUUUCCAUGCCAUGGUACUGUCCAGCUGGCCCCAUCUUCAGGACUUGUUGCCUCAGAUGAAUCCCUCGCGCCACGUUGCAUUCUUGACCAGACAACUGCAGCACUGUAUGGCUUUCCACCAGCUAUUGCAGUUCAGGGGCUCGACACUGGCUUUGGUGAUCAUGACUUUGGAACUGGAGAAGCUGACUCUUGAUUGGUUCCCUGUUAUUACUGAUCUGCUGAAGAAAGCACAGAUCAAGAGUGCUGACUUCAUACGCUGUAAGGAGUUAGUAGAUGAAUACCUGACUGCUUUUGAACAAGCCAAUACAGUAUAUAUUUUUCUCCCAAACCAUCAACGUAUCCUUGGUCUUCAUGGGGGAGAAACAGCCUAUGAAUUCUCCAGGAGGCAGCAUUUUCCAGCUAGUUCUGCUGUCCUGUUCCAAAGAGACAGCCUGACAUCAGUUGAGAUGUAUGGAGAAAUGAUGGAAGCAGAUGAAUUCUAUGAUGGAUUUCAGUACCUCUACAAUGAAGAUGGGCUUCCAGAGCAAGGAAGACUAAAUGAGUCUGGCUCAUGCAGUGAAGUUGCAAGUUCUGAAGAUUCUUCUACCUGCCCACCACUGCAACCUGCAGAUAUUGAUUAGUAGAGUCACAUGUAGCCAAGAAAAGGAACAAAAUCAAGUCUGUAGCAGUAUGCCGCCACCAAAAUAAUGAAACUGACAGUUGUUUUUUUGUAAAGGUAUGACAAAAAGUUUGUAAGUGUGGAACUGAAUCUUUUUAAUGUUACACAGAAUCAUUUUAGUUGUUACACUCUUAAGUGUAAGUGUUAACAGUAUGUAAACUCCACCUGGUUUUGUGAUGCCCGAAUGUAUUUUAGAUGUGUAUUUCUAUUGGGAUUUUAAGGAAGACAUCCUCAGCUGAAGCAUAUGCCGAUUCUGCAUAGCAGCUGUGCUGCUUGUAUUGCUGUGCUGUGACAGUGGAAAUCAAGUUACUUUCUGUCAGCACUUUAAAAUUUAGUGGUGUGCCAUGCAUGAAAUGUUGCCACAGUGCCCAGGUUGAGAUUUCAUAUAGCCUUUCAGUCAUUAGUUUUUAAAUGGGAAUGUAAACUUUAUUAUUUAUAAUACUUGUCUCAAAAGUACUUUUUCCCCAAGACUGUUUGUUUGUUGCACUUCAGUUUUAUUCUUGCACUUUACAGUACAUUUUUCUUUCCCAGAACUGAGCUAUUGUGACUCUUUAGCCUUGUGAAAUUUGAACCUGAAAGACCCUGGCCUGAGUCUUUGGUCCUAGCUUUAUAGCCUAACUGUCACAGCAGGUUUUAGGGGACAUCUACUAUUUCAGUUUAUCACUUUUUUUUUAACUGCUGCAUGGUUUAGACUUUGUAGUUUUGAAAGCAGUAUCCUGUUUUUAUGGUCAUUUCAUUGAGAAAUACCUUUUUCAUAUAUGUUGAGAUCUGAGAAUCUGCUUACACGAACUGAGAUUAAUUGUGUAGUAAAUGCUUUGCAAAGGGCUAAACUUUGUUAAUGGAGUACUUUGAGAAGCCUAGUUAUGUGGCAGUGAGUAGUACUCGUGGUGCUAAAAUACUUUCCAGGAGGUUAGCUCCUCUGGAAAUUUUAAAUGCUGGUUUUGUAUGCAGACUUCUUCACUGCUGUGGCAUCAUGAAGUUCCCAAAAAUAAAAGAAAAAUAAACAAUAUUAUAGGUUAUUCUCGUAUGAACGAUAUAUAUUUGAGGAUCAUUCUACUUUGCACGUGACCAUAUCAGAAUUUUACAAAAACUGGUUUAUGUUCCCUUUAUGUAAGCAGUCAGUUUAGGAUAUUUUAAGCAAUACUGGUGAUACCAAGGAUCUGGUGCUAACAUUCCCUGAUCUUUACUCUCUACCCUGUCAAAGUUCUGAAAUGUUUUUUUUCUUAUUGUCUUCAUUAUGGCAACAGGUCACUACUUUUAUAUUACCUUUUAUUCAAUUUUUUUUAUGUGUGGGUACAUAUAUGCUUAUGCAGUGGCACUGAAUUAUCAAGUAUUUUAGGGGUGUUUGAAAUUUCUGCUGAACUAUACUUCACUUUUUGUGUAUUUGCUACUGCCAAGAAUGAUUACUUUCAUGUUGUAGUCUGCACAAAGUUCCAUGAGACGGUGCCUAAACAUUGGGUUAGAAACUGGAAAGUUUUGUAAGGAUAACAAAAAAUAUGUUUCUAUUUUCCCCAAAUUAAUCAGUUAAUCUUUAUUUUGGGGUACCUUUCAGUAAGCUGAGUGGAUAGAUAAGGAAAAAUAAAUGUUGUUUGGCCCUUUCAGUGUUACUAUUGUAUGGUCAGAGAAUUUGUGGUUUUUCAUAUUUUCCUAAGAUGCCUCAACUUUAUGCAUAAUUACAUUUUAUACUGUACUUCUAUAUUUGAAUAACUGUCUAUGUAUUUUUAACUUAGUCAUAUGACUUAAGACCAAAUAUGUGUGUGAUGCAUGCCAUCUGCCUUUCAGUGCAUUUUUUUUUUUUAGAAUGUGAAUUUGUUGCAGUCAGGAAACAUGUAAUUUCUGAUAGGGAAAGCUCUCUCUCGUCUGAUUAUGCAUUUAUUCACAUGGUACCAGAAGUUUUCCUAGCAGUCGAGCUGCAGUCUGUUUUUAUGCCUACAGGUGAUUUUAUUGCUUUAGUUGUCUACUGCUGCUUUACAGAGCGAUUUCUUUACACGUGGUCAGUAUGCAUUUUUCAGACUUUAUCUACUCAGUCCAGUUUCCCAAAUGUCACCUUUUCCCUGACCAUGUUUGUUAGUACCUUUUGAGAUGAGUUUUGUAUAUAAAUUGCAUUUGCUCUUGCAAGGUGCGUCUUUUUUCUCUGUUGUGUGGCUGGAGUAUAUUUUUUAAGGGUAUUGGGGGGGGGUAAAGCCUGUUCCCUUCCCACAUGUGGGUAUGGAAGACCUUUCCCCCUCCAGAAAACAAGGAUUUUUAUUUGUGUGGCUUGCUGGUUCAUGUGGGUUGUUUCAGAUAAUUUUAUACUUUUCAGUCUGCUUCCAUGUGUUGAUGCUUCCUAGUGAAAAAAGUUUUCCAUGUAUUGAAAAGUGAAGUUGAUGUAUCCAUGUCGUAGUCUUCUUGAUUGUACCAUCAGCUUAACACUACUGCCCUUUCCCGGUGCAGACAAAAAAAAUCUAAUAUUAAAAAGAUUGGCAAGGUUA